GUACACAAAAUUGAGACGCGCUGCCUUAAGCAAUCUCUGUGCGCCAAUAGAUGGCCGGACUCUCCCUCGACAGUUUCUGCUGAAGACGAAGACAGACUCCUUGAGAAAAAGAGCUCUUGUGACAGAGUUUUUGGAGUGGCUGUACAACGCAGUGAGUGAACCGAUUCCUGAAGCCAAAGGGGAUUUGGUGAACAAGCGCAAGGCGCAUGAUGAAGAACAAGAACCAGCGUCGGCAGUGAUGAAGUUUCGCCGUUUCCGUGGCAGGAGGCCAAAGCUGGCAAGAAUAGUGAACCGUGCAUGCAAGGAUCCAUCACGCCUGAGGAUGUUGCCACCUGGAUCCUACACGGACUACUUGAACAUGCUCCGUGCCAGGUUCUUAGCCACGGGGCACUCCCACGAGGAUGUAGACCAAUUUUUUUCGAUGGUCGCUUCAAUGCUCGAGCGGUCCCCAGAGUUGCACCCGCCACAGCAGUUUGUCACGACCUUGGAGGGUUGGUUGCAGGACAAGUCGGUGAGAGAGCAUGAUCCACUGCGCUCUGUGAUGAAGGUGGACCAGGAUCCAUAUGAUAUGAUCGCAGCUGCUGACCAUCUGGAGAAGUUAGCCAGUGGAGAUUUCGAACGGGGUCCAUUGCUCGAUGUCAGCAGGUCUGAUUUGGACCUGCUUGGCCUUUGGGAGGAGACGAUCGCCAAAUUCUUGCGCUGGCAGGAAGAUACAUUUAUGCGCGUUCCAGAUUUGUCCGUCUGGGAGAAGGCUUCCUCGAUCGCGGAGGCCUACAAGAUAGGCCGUUCAGAGUCGACCGCCGCUCAUAACUUGCUGAACAACGUUGAUCCUGCCAUUGUGAGCUGGUUGACAUCUUUGGUGCAGCGAUGGACUCUCAACAAGUUCUUGACCCACGAUGCGAUUGCUCAGGGCGCUUUCAACCGCGAGACAUGCACGGCUACUUCUUGCAUGACUGCCUGGCAGGCCCAGUUGCUGAAUACUUUGGAGGUUGUUGAGUUACUGUGCAAUCGGAUGGAUUCGGAUUUCUCCAGCACUGGACUCAAGUUUCGGAAGCCGUACACUUUCAACCAGGUGGAGUCUUCGUUGCAUUUAUAUAGCAGUGACAGCUACCGCCUAAAGUCUUGUAUUAGUAUGACAUGUGAACCAGUCGCCUGGUGA